AGGCGAUAGUAGUGCUCCAUCUAUCCAUAGCUAUUAAUUUGAACGCAAUAGAAAAAAUGGACUAUUUUGUAAUUUGACAAUGAAAAGCUCCGUCUUUUAGGUUAGAAUUUGAAAUUAUAGUAACCAAAGCGGCGAUGACGUCGGAGCUAACUAAUACCGACAGGAUAAGUACUUUACCGGAUUCUCUACUGUGCCACAUCCUAUCAUUCCUCCCCACCAAAACCGCCGUGGCUGCCGGUCUCGUGUCUCGCAGAUGGCGUCACCUUUGGGAGCAUCUCCAGGUCUACGACUUCUCCGACGACUCCAAAUGUAACUGCGAAAACCCUAAAAACUUCGAAAAGUUUGCAUUUUUUGUGAACUUCAUGCUCUCCAUCCGCAAAUCCCGCGACAUUCGAAAGUUCAAUCUCACCUGCUGCAUCUCCGAUGAUAACAACUUUCCCGAAGAUUCCGUCUACGCGUGGGUCCGUGCCGCCAUUGGGCCCCACCUUGAAGAACUCUCUCUUGCUAUAUCCAACUGCCAUGGAGACCGACUCGUGUUCCUUCCUUCUUCCCUCCUGAAUUGUACCAAUCUCGUUUCCCUCAGUUUUGUUGGUGAUAUUCACAUUAAUUUUCAACCUUCUUCAAUUCAUUUUCCAUCAUUGAAGAUGUUAAAACUUGGCUCAUGUGUUGUGGAAGUCGACAUAGACAUUGCGGAACUCGGCAAAUACAAUGUGGAUUCAUACAGUGUGGAUUCAAUACUUUUCUUUCUCUCUGGCUGCCCCGUACUCGAAACUCUAGAUACUUACUUUGAUCCUUCAUUCUUGACCAAUGUUUCAGUACCACCUUCCUCCAAGAGGUUGAAAUUAACCGGCGGGAAUUUCUCUUGGACUUGUCUUGAAAUAGAUGAAGUAUGGUUUGAUGUAGAGUUUGAUAAAACUACAUUGGGCAUCAUUGGCAACUAUCAGAGUAUGGAGGAAGCAUAUCUUGACUACUUUUCCUUGCGUAAAAGUGAAUUUGUUGAUCCAGUGCUCAACCACCUCCGAGAUCAAAAUCGUGAUUUACAUCUACUUUUGCGUCAUUCCACAUCAAAGACGCCCUGGCCACUUUGCACCCCCACUCUAAAUUAUCCAGAAUUUUGCAAUUUAGAUCAUUUAAAGUUCAUUCUUCCUCCUUCAACCUCUUUCAACGCAAGUCUAAUGCUCAACGUGCUUGAGAAAUGUCCUAUGCUUCAAGUUUUUGUAAUUCAGUGUAGCAAGGAGGAACCGUCAUCACCUUUGAAAACAUGGGAGCCAAAGUCAACAACAGUUCCCCAAUGUCUCAAAUCUAACCUUACCUAUAUUCACAUAGAAGGAUACCAAGGAUUUGAAGACGAGUUGGCAUUUGCUGAAUAUAUUUUGCGCAAUGGACUUGUUUUGCACGCGGUGCUUAUAUUUUUUGAUACUUCUAUGGACUUAAGACACAAGUAUUGUUGUCUUAAAAGAUUAACUGAUACACCAAGGGGCUCCGUUGCAUGCCAACUUAAGUUUGACUCAUCUGUGUCUCCUUAAGUGUGCCUUCGGAGUUCUUGAUUUUUGAAGCUGACAGAAUCAUGUUUGGUCAAAUGCUUGGAGUUUUAUUAAAAGGAUGACAGAAAUCAAACCAUAUUAAUAUGUAUUUUUCAUUUCAGUAAGCUUACAAGUCUCUCGGAAUUAGUAUCUUUUGCUUGGUGCUUAUCAAGACAUGGUACUCAAGGUCACAAUUAUGGGAAAUACGGCUAGUUGGCUUAAGUAAUGUUGUUGAUUUUUUCUGUUUAGAGGAAAGUCAUCGGAAACCCCUCUUAUUUAAAUGUUGCUUUGGAGCUACAUGCUUAGAAUGACUACACUCAGUAAUGUCACAACCCAAUAUAAACUCUGAUAAUUGAGAUAAAUUAGUCAAAUAUUACCACGUAUUAUAUGGUAGGAAUCAUUUGGUUUUUGAAAAGUAUUGAAGCUAUUUAGUUUUUGUCCUUGUGAUUUUGGGGCAUAUCAGGGUAUGCUGCAUGUUUUUAUCAGAAGAAUUUGAUUUCUUUUACGGAACCUUGUUCAUUUUAGUAAUACUAGUUAUAGGCACAUACUUAAAAUAAUAGUCAAAUCUUAAUGUGGAUAUCUUAUUUACUUUCAAGGUUCUUUGAUGAAAAUAGGGUUUUCAGAAGGACAUGUGAUGCAUCUUUAUAGAUAUUAACAUAAGUGAUCUUAUAAAUGGCUUGCUCAACCCUUGUAUUUGAAGGAAGUAGCAUUUUAUCACUAAUUGGAUUUGCAAGGUUAAAAUUGUAGAGAAUAUGUUAUCGGACAAAGAGAAUACGAAUAGGCUGAAGCAAAAGAAAGAAACAACCAAUAAAACAAUAAGUACACUAUAGACUUAUCAUUUGGUCUCUCUGAUCCAAUAAUGUAUGGUGACAUCGA